CAAGUCCCUUCCAGUUCCAGUUCCAGUUCCAGUUCCCGACCACAUUUAAAAUUUGUAGUUCUUUUUCCGCUGAAACUACAUUUUUUUGAAUUUCUCUCCGCCAUGGAUGAUCAGGAAAACGUUUUCCAAUCGUUCCCCACUUUGGUGUCUUUUGCAUCCCCUGUUCCUACGCCUUCAUCCCGCCGCCUAUCCAGCAACUUCACUCUACCCAGGCCGCCAGUCCCCGCCGCCCGGCGACUAUCUUGGGUUUCUCUCCAGGGACGCCUCCUUAACGCCGACCAAGCUAGCUCGGUUCGAUCUAUUGGAGGCGGAUUGGGCUCAGACGAAGCCAUCGCCUGGCAGUUGUUCAGCCCCAUUGAGCGAUUUCUUGUAGUCGCCGUGAUCGGCGUCGCGGUUUCCGAGUCCAAGAAGAACCAUCAGAUCGGCCAGCUUAAAAAAGCUGUGGAACUUAGGGACCAAGUGCUUCUAAGCAUGCAGCAGAAGCUUGAUGAUCUAUGUGAUCAAGUCAAUCCCGUUAAGGAUAAAUCUGGAACUGAGGAAGACAUGGCUUUGAAGAAGAAUGCUGAUUUGGCAGACUCUGGAGCCUUUGGCCACGAAAAAAUUAAGUUUGUUGAUUGUGGUUGUUGGCUUUGUGAUGAGCAUCUCAAUUUGUUCAAUGGUUUGGAGCAGGGUAACACAGCGACAAAACCCUGUUGCGGGGCAGAGAUGCUACAAUAUAAAAUUCCACUCAUGAAUGAAGCAGAGCAAGAGGAGCGUAGAAUGUCUGAUUUAUCAGAUUGGGCUUCCAGUGUCACUUCUGCUGCUGAUAUACAGAUGAACACCUUAUCAAUCGAACAAGAUAUGUUAUUUCUGAAGAAAGAUUGUGACGAGAAAGACGCAACCAUCAAGGAACUCACUACCUUACUCCACUCGUCUGAGGUUUCUGGUUCACAGAGGAUCUCAGAGUUGGAAGACAUCAUUCGUCGGAAGAACAUGAUAAUUUCAAAACUAAAAAAGGACAUGGUGGUUCUUGAACAGAAGGUUGUUCAAUUGACGAGGCUGCGGAGACCCUCUUCGUGUGCAUCAAAUUCGGACAUCCAACCAAUCCCACACAUGACCGAUAACCUUCUCUACGACAUGGAGAGCAGCAGCAGUCCUUCAUCUUCCGACUCAGAUUGUUGCCCACCCACAAGAAAGCAGGGGAUUCAUCAUGUCCAAAACAGCGAGCCUUGUUUGAUAAGAACCCAGAAAUCAGCAACUAAGAAGAAACCCACAACACCAGAUUCUCGCUCACAAUCUCAGAUGGCAGCCCCUCUAAAAGAAAUUUCGAUGAACAAUCGAAAGGCAGGAGUUACGUCGACAUCCAGGCAAAGGGGGGAGGCGGUACCGGUACGUGCCAGUGGCGAUUCCACAAAUAUCAGAAGACGCUUUCAAACUGCAGUGGCCAAGGACAACACACCUCAACGAAAGAGAAAUAUCUAGUAAGCAUCAUACAUAAUACUACAGCUAUGAAGUUUGAAAAUUAUGUUAGACAUAGAAUAUGACACAUUGGAGAAGAUGGGUUUCUGGUAAUGAAUUAAUGAGGAUGGUGAAGCAUAAUUUGUUGGGUUCUUUUGGGAAAAUAAUUGUGAAUGGCUAUACCAGAAGUUGUGUACUGUUGAUAUGCAUUCAUAUUUUAAAGUCUUUGAUUAGGUAAAUAUGGGGAGGAGAUGGAGAAGGGAGAAUAUAUAAUGUAGACGCACAUAGAUGCACAAAAUUGUGAGACAUUUGUAGUGGUAAAUUACUAAAUUAAAUUAAAGUUGUGUGAUUUUAUAA